AUGGAGCAUUUGAGUAAUUUGCAGGGAUUGCUGAAUGAGUUGUCUACCAUGAAACUUGCAUUAGAUGAUGAGGUGCAAGCAUUACUUUUGUUGAGUUAUUUGCCAGACAGUUGGGAAACUUUGGUGCUGGCACUUAGUAAUUCGGCUCCCAGUGGUGUGAUAACUAUGGGUAUGUUGCUUGAGAAGAUGAAAAUUCUAAAUCUCAGUCACUCUCAUUAUCUGAGCCAGACCCCUGACUUUUCAAAACACCCAAAUCUAGAGCAAUUAAUACUUGAAGAUUGUACGAGUUUGCUUGAGGUUCACCACUCCAUUGGAGAUCUUAGUAAUCUUGUUUUGGUGAAUUUGAAAGAUUGCAAAUGCCUUAAAAGUUUGCCAAGGAGUUUCUAUAACUUGAAGUCUCUAGAAACUCUCAUUCUUUCUGGGUGUUCUAAAAUGCACAAUUUGGCUGACAACUUGGGGGAUAUGGAAUCAUUGACAACUCUUCUUUUAGACAGAACUGCUAUAAGACAAGUGCCUUUUAGUAUAGUGCAACUGAAGAAUCUGAAAUAUUUAUCUCUAUGUAGGUGUAAAGGAUCACCAUCUAAGUCAUUGCCUUCACUCUUUUGGUCUUGGAUAUCACCAAGGAAAAGUCCUAAGUCAGUCAAUCUACUGCCUGCCGCACUACAAGGCUUGAACUCACUAACAAACUUAUGUCUCUGGGACUGCAAUUUAUCGGAUGACGGAAUUCCUACAGAUCUUUGGAAUUUAUGUUCUCUUAAAAUUUUAGAUUUAAGAUGCAAUAGUUUUGAAAGCCUAUCAACAACCCUAGGUGGUCUUUCGAAGCUUCAAGAUCUCAAAUUGAAUCGCUGUAGAAAGCUUAAAUCAAUUCCGGAUUUACCAGCAAGUUUGAUUUUUUUAGAUGCAAAACACUGCACUGGAUUGGAAAGAAUGCCGGAUCUAUCAAAGCUCUCAAAUAUGAAUGGUUUGUACCUUGCUAACUGUCACAAAUUAGUCGAAAUUCCUGGUUUGGAUAAGCGUUCAAAUCCUAUUGAGUGUGUUUACAUGGAAGGGUGCAUGAAUCUAACAUAUACUUUUAAGCAAAGCUUCCUACAGGAUUGGGUUAUGCUUGGAGUUGGUAGAAUGUUUAGCAUUAUCCUCCCCGGCAAUCAAAUCCCCGAUUGGUUCACGUAUCAAUGUGAGGGACCCUCGGUACAUUUUGAAGUACCUACUGCUGACCCCAUAUUGAACGAGUUUGGUGUAUGUGUUGUUUUUGCAUCACGUGUUCAAGUAUUAUCUUCAUAUAAAGAUAGCAUGUCAUUUAUCAACCAUACCAAGAAUACUAUUCUGACUUAUUUGUUUGCAACAACUGGUGGCCAAUUCCCUCUUGAAGAUCACCUAUUGCUAGGCAAUAUUGUUAUUACCAAUGAUUUUGAGGAUGGUGAUGAAGUAGAGGUUCUUGCAGAUUGGGGGCUUGAAAUCAUUCUGAAGAAAAUAGGGGUCUAUCUACUAUAUGAAAGGGUUGUUGAUGGAAAAGAUGAGGAUCAUGCCAUUGUUGUUAGUGAUGAUGAGGAUGACAAUAACAAUAUAGAAAACAGAUGCUCCUCUAAGAGAAAAAUGAGAUCUCCAAAUAUGAUUGAUGAUUCACAAAAUUUGAUGAAAGAGAAAAAGCUCAAAAAGAUUGCUACAGAGGAAAAUGAGUAUUAUGUUUACUCUUUUGGGACGAGAUCUCAAAAGUUUCAAUUUGAGUAG